AUGUCCGGCAAUAUUUCCGAGGAUGAUUUUUGCAAUCGUUUCAGUAGUUUUAGCUACAUGGCAGCACUUGGGAAUGAUCCGUUCAGAACAGCUUUCAUUGUCAACGCUGUUCUAAACGUUCCUUUCUGCAUCACGGCAACAGUGACCAAUGCCUUGGUCAUUAUCUCAAUUUGGCAAUCGUACUCGCUAUGGACUCCGGCAAAUAUGUUUCUGAUAAGCCUCGCCAUGUCUGAUUUAGGAGUCGGUCUAAUUUUGCAGCCACUCUACAUCGCGUAUCUAAUCUCGUUUGCCGAGCGGGGAGUUAAAGAAUCUACUUGCACAUUGUCUGUUGCUGUAGCAGUAACAGCGUCCAUUUUCUCUUGCGUGUCUUUUGGAACAGUGACUGCAAUCAGUUUAGAACGUUAUCUGUCUCUCCGCCUCCAUUUACGAUGCGAAGAUGUCAUCACAUUGAAACGUGUCCGCCGAUUUCUCGCCAUUUUAUGGCUUCUUGGCGCGAUUUCUCCCCUGAUCUGGGUUAUGUUUGCUCCUUCAUAUAGGUCCUACUUUUACGUCUCAGGAAUAAUGUUUUGCCUGGUCAUCUCAACAGCGGCUUACAUCAACAUUUACCGCAUCGCUUGUGUACAUCUGAAGAGGAUUGAAACUUUAAGACACGAAGUUGACAAAAAGUCUAAAAAUCUUGUGCUACAAAACCGAAGGAAGGGAGCUCUAAACAUGUUCCUAGUGUACUGUGUUCUACUGUGUUGCUAUCUCCCUUACUCCUUGUGCCUUGCAUUGGGCAAAAUAAUGGGAUACACGGAAUGGAAUUGGAUUGCUAUCAACUUCGCACUGACAAUUAUUAACAUAAACUCUUCCAUAAAUCCUUUGAUUUACUGCUAUCGUAUGCGAGAAAUUCGCCGAGCUAUAUUGCUUACUGUUUAUUCAGUGACUUUAGGUAGAACGAAUAUGAGAUAG